CUUCUUCUCUCUUCUCUCUUCCAUCCUCCAAUCCUCCUCAGCGCUCCUUCCCUCCUCCAAACAAAACCCUCUCGGGGCCUCCCACAUGGCACCCGCAGCACCGUCCUCGCCUCCAUGACGCGGAGCUCUUUGCUCCACCGCUGCUCGUUCCUUGUGUCCGCUCAAAGAUGCACCUCCUCCUGAUCCGCCAUGGCGAGACGGUCGACAACGUGGCUGGCAUCUAUGCCGGCUCGCGGGACUCGGCGCUGACCUCGCAUGGCGUGCUGCAGAUUCGAAGGCUGGCCUCGCACCUGGCCGAGGACGGGGAGGCGGCGAUGGAAUACAUAUUCUCAUCCGAUCUUCAGCGCGCGGUCAAGACGGCUGAGGCAAUUGCGGCGGAACAGAAACGCGUUCACUCGCGGGACAUUCCAAUCGUUCAGCUCGCCGAGCUGCGGGAGAAAGACUUUGGAAGCGAUGAGGGCAUCAAGUUCGGAGACUCGCGAGGUCGUGCUCCAGAUUCUGAGACUUCCGAGUCGAUGAAAGCGAGGGUCGACUCCUUCCUGGACGAGCACUUGCUUCCGCUCCUGAGAUCACAGACGGCUGAGGCUUCAUCGACGUCGAGAUGUGCCAUCGUGUCUCACGGCAUCAUCCUCGGCGUCCUGUAUCGCGAGCUCUGUGCUCGAGUCAGCCGUGGUGGAAUCACUGUCGACCCCAAUCCCAGCGCCGCCAGCUCCCUCAUAUCGCCUCCCUUCUGGGACAACACCGGCUUCCUCAAAUGCACCGUUUCCAUGGCCGAAGCCGGGGCGGGCGAGGACAAGUCGCUGCCGCUGAGGCUGCAUGUCAGCCUCGUCAACUGCACCAUACAUCUCCGGGACUUGAAAAAGACUCGUGGCGGCAUUGGCAGCGCCGCCUUUGAUGAGAAACAGCGCACCUUGACGUCGUUUUUCCUUCCGGGUCCAACGAAGAAACGCAAGAGUCAUGACAUGAGUGCUGGGUAGCAUAAGGCGGCGCUACCCAGCCAUUCUUUGAAAAGGUACGUUUUUUUUUUUUCGUUCUCGCAUUGCUUUGCCUGCCUUGAUAUGAUGAUACAACAAAUAACUCACAGACCUGUUCUGAAAAACACAAUGUGGAAAAUAUUUUGUCCAACCGCUGUCUGAUAAUUCACCUCUUAUCACUCUUUUUACGUUUGCGCAAUUGAGUGCUGUGUCCUUUGCUAACUUGGACACGUUUAG